GCAAAAGGGAAAAUGAAAAGGGGGAAAAUUAAAAAUCCAAUUUUGUUUAAUUAGGUUCGAUAUGGCUGCAAAUAUUAACACGGCUAAUUUCAAUACGUCGGCUGCGGUGACAGCUGUGAAUCACUCCAGUAGCCCUAACCAAACAUAUCCGGCCACGAGACCGGGUUCUUCGUCGAUCACGGCUGUUCCUUCAUUGUCCUGGUCCUAUUCAUUGUCGUCGCCGUCAACUGAGAAUGAGAAUGUUGGGUAUAAUAGCAAUGCCGGUAAGAAACCGGCUUGGAACAAACCUAAUAAUAACCAUGCCGAGUCGGGUUCGGAUAUGGAGGCUUGCAAUUGGCCCCCAUUGUCUGGGUCGGCUAGGUCUCUUUGUAAAUCAUCUUCAGGUUCAGCUUCAUUGGAUGGAUCAUCUUCUACUUCUUUUGUCCCCGUUUCUCAGGGGAGUAGAACUGUAUCGUCUUCCUCUCCUCCACAGAAACAAGUCAUGAACAAUGGAAAUUUGAAUUCAAAUUCUACCCCAAACCAUACAAUGCCUGUACGCCAUAGGUCAAUGAAGCAAAAUAGCAGUUUCUCUGCAACUAAUGGUGGCCUUUCACGGCCACUACCUCAAGGUCCAAUGGUUGACACACCUCUCAAUGGCCCUUCUUCUAGGGACCAUGUACAGAGAACUGUAUUUGUGCCUUCUAGUGGUGGAAAUGAUCAAUGUAACCUCCAAAAUUCAUUCCGACCUCGUAAUAGUGUUGCACAUCCACGAGCAUACGGAUCUCACCAUUUAAAUUAUGGAGGAAGGCCCAAUCAGGACCAUGGAAACCAAGAUUGGAAUGGUCGGAGUUUUAUUAAUAGGGAUGGUCAUAUGCUGCCAAGAGGUGUUCCUAGGUUUAUUAGGCAUCCACCGCCGCCACCUCCCCCACCUAAUACUGGAGCAUUUUUUGCUCCUCCUCAUGUUCGCUUUGGCACCCCCAUGGGCUUUCAUGACUAUUCAUCUCAGUUUUAUUUAGUUCCAGCCCCUCACCCGGAGUCAUAUAGAGGUGUCCCAUUUUUUCAACCAGUGUCCCCGAUGUUUCUCCCUCCAAAUCUUCAAGAUCAGCAGUUACAUGCUAGGAUAAUGAAUCAAAUAAAUUAUUAUUUCAGUAAUGAAAACCUAAUCAAGGAUAUAUUCUUGCGGAAGAACAUGGAUGACCAAGGCUGGGUUCGUAUAAAAUUGAUUGCUGAUUAGAAAG